UGCGCUGCGCGGGUCUCAGAGCCGGUUCGGCGCGUCGACUGUCCAGAGUCCGCGGCCGGGGCGCCCCGAGACAGGGCACAGCUGACGCGCCAUCUUUCCCCUCCCCUGGGUCCAGGAGACAAGUGACCAUGGCCUACCACAGCUUCCUGGUGGAGCCCAUCAGCUGCCAUGCCUGGAACAAGGACCGUACACAGAUCGCCAUCUGCCCCAACAACCAUGAGGUACACAUCUAUGAGAAGAGUGGUACCAAGUGGAACAAGGUUCACGAGCUUAAGGAGCACAACGGGCAGGUGACAGGUAUCGACUGGGCCCCUGAGAGUAACCGCAUUGUGACCUGUGGCACAGACCGCAAUGCCUAUGUGUGGACACUGAAGGGCCGCACAUGGAAACCCACACUGGUCAUCCUGCGGAUCAACCGAGCUGCCCGCUGUGUGCGCUGGGCCCCCAAUGAGAACAAGUUCGCGGUGGGCAGUGGCUCCCGUGUCAUCUCCAUCUGUUACUUUGAGCAGGAGAAUGACUGGUGGGUGUGCAAGCACAUCAAAAAACCCAUCCGCUCCACCGUCCUCAGCCUUGACUGGCACCCCAACAACGUGCUCCUGGCUGCUGGCUCCUGUGACUUCAAGUGCAGGAUCUUCUCUGCCUAUAUCAAGGAGGUAGAGGAGCGGCCAGCCCCGACACCAUGGGGCUCUAAGAUGCCCUUUGGGGAGCUGAUGUUUGAGUCGAGCAGCAGUUGUGGCUGGGUGCAUGGCGUCUGCUUCUCGGCCAAUGGGAGCCGUGUGGCUUGGGUCAGCCAUGACAGCACUGUGUGUCUGGCAGACGCUGACAAGAAGAUGGCUGUUGCAACCCUGGCCUCGGAAACCUUGCCACUCCUGGCCAUCACCUUCAUCACAGAAAAUAGUCUAGUGGCAGCGGGCCACGACUGCUUUCCUGUGCUGUUUACCUAUGACAGUGCUGCGGGGACAUUGAGCUUUGGUGGUCGGCUGGACGUGCCCAAGCAAAGCUCCCAGCGUGGCCUGACAGCCCGCGAACGCUUCCAGAACCUGGACAAGAAGGCCAGCUCUGAGGGUGGUGCAGCCACGGGCGCUGGCCUAGACUCACUGCAUAAGAACAGUGUCAGUCAAAUCUCGGUGCUCAGUGGAGGCAAGGCCAAGUGCUCGCAGUUCUGCACCACAGGCAUGGAUGGUGGCAUGAGCAUCUGGGAUGUGAAGAGCUUGGAGUCAGCCUUGAAGGACCUGAAGAUCAAAUGAGCGGUGGAGUGCCACCCUCAUCCCAGCUGCUGGGAAAGAAGGAAAGGGGCUGGGGAGGCUAAGGGUUGCUUUGCUGAAUGCUUCUAGGGUGCCAGUACAGGGAGAAGACAGGUAGAAACUUUCCUACCUAUUUAAGGAACAUGUUAAAGAAAUGCUUUUACUUAUUGCUUAAAAAAGAAAGAAAAAAAAAAGCCCCUAAACACAAUGCUGGUCAUGAAUCGCUUCAGAAUAUGGGGUAAUAAACACACCAACUGUG